UUAUAUUUUACUUCAAUUUAAUUCCUACACUUGUUGAAUAGUUUUGUACCUAUUACUUGUUUAUUAAUUCUAAUUAUAAUAUACUCAUAUCUUCGAGUUAUCGACUAAUUGUUCUAUAUUAUGAUUAUUUAUUUACAUCAUUGUUGAAUUGUUUUUAAUAUUUUCACUUAUUUAGUCUUAUAAUUUUAUUUACAUUAACAUUUUAUUCAGAGAAUGUUUUACUUUUAACAUGAAUUAUCAAAAUGGAUUGCAGACCUUGGUCAAGAGAAUCAAAAAAGAAGUGGCAAGAUUCAAGUAUCGAUCGAUUAAAAGCUAGUAAAACAGUAUGGCCUAUUCCUCAAAUCGAACAAGUUUUUUUGCCAGAUUUUAAAAUCAAAUCUCAAAUAAAUGAAUAUUCAUUUAAGAGCUUAGAAUUCAUUUGUAAUGGUGCAUUUGGAAAAGUCUACAAAGUUGAGAAAUUGCAUUCAAGUGGUGAUUUAUAUGCUAUGAAAAUAUUGGAAAAAUCAUCGGUUGUGUGUGAGAAUGGAGUACAACAAGUUAAGAAUGAAGUACAAAUUCAAUCAUUAUGUGGUCAUCAUCCAUUUAUUGUGAAUUGUCCAUUCUUUUGGCAAAAUAGAAAUCAAUUGUUCAUUGUUAGCGAGUAUGUUGGAGGCGGUGAAUUAUUGAAACUAUUACAAAAAUAUGGACCAUUACCAGAAGAAUUAUGUCGUGUAUAUUUUGCUGAAUUAGUUGUUAUAAUAGAUUUCUUACAUAAUGCCGGAGUUAUAUAUAGAGAUAUAAAACCAGAAAAUAUAUUAUUAGACGAUCAUGGGCAUCUUCAAUUGAUUGACUUUGGUCUUUCUAAAUGGCUUCCACAAGGCUGUCAUACAUCUACUAUUUGUGGAACUACUCAGUAUAUGGCUCCAGAAGUUUUAGAGUCUGAACCGUUUUAUAGUCACGCUGUAGAUUGGUGGUCCGCUGGAGUGCUCUUAUUUCAAAUGCUAACAAAUCAGUAUCCGCCAAAGUCACACGAUGAAAUCGAUAUCGCGUUGGCAAAUGUCAGCAGAGGUGCCACUGAUAUGGUAUCAAAGCUGUUGGAAACAAAUCAGCAGUACCGACUGAAAUCCUUUCGUCAGAUUAAAAUCCAGUCAUUUUUUCAUAAUUUCAAUUUCUCAGACAUAAUGUUAAAAAAGCACAAACCAAACGAAUUAUUAAAAAAAUUGCUCGAAGAAACUACAGGAAAUAACAAUCAAGUGUUGUCUCAUUUCGAAGAAUUUGAUGAUUAAUUAAUGUAAUAAAUAAUUAUAAUAAACAGUGUAUUAACUAUUAAUUAAUAUAAUGUUUCUGUUUAAGGAUAAAAUUGUGAUGUAGUACGUAAUUAAUUUAGAACUUAUUCUCAAAGAAAGUCAUAUGUAUAAAGUACCUAUCGUUUUUAUUUUGUUGUACGUUAAAAUACAGACAUUUGAUGAAAUACCAAAGGUGAUAAAAAUAAUUUAAUAUAAUUUAUUCAUAUUCAUUUAAUA